UAUCCUUGCGAUACUAGUAGAGCCGAAGGCUUCCGACUCGUUGACGACGACAACCGUGACCAGCGGCGGACCUGGGUGAGCUAGACAGCUAAUUGAGCCUAUUCGUCUGCUUACUGUCGAUGACCGACUUCCGCUGAGCGGAGGGAUCUUGGCUGAAUGGGCGGACGUCGAUUGUCAAUGAGCGCAGCUCCUGAGCCGCAGCGCGACCUCACUACGGCAUUCGACACCGUGUCCCGGCGUACCCUGCGGUAUGAACAGGACAUUCAGGACUUCGAGAGUAGACUAGCCAUCAACUUGAGCAACUCGCGUGCUAUCGGCACGUUGCUGCAGGAAGCGCAGUCUGCUCUGAAGGUGUGCGGUGUGCUAUUGCCCGUACACGCCCGUUUCGGGACAAGGUCUUUCUCGGCCGAGCGCCAUCAGCUGCCACCGGAUGCAUCUGGUCCUGGGAGAGCGCCCGUGAGAGCGCUGCACCGGGUGAAGGGUGCUAUCAGGAGAGAGCCUCCUCAGCCGCCUAUACGACGGACCUGACAAGCUCGGGUCAUCAUGGUAUGACGUGGUACAUCCACUACAUGCCAUAUGAAUAGGGAUGACUAUGUUAGGCUCACCGAG